UCCACCAGAGCAGAGGCAGUAGGGAUGACCAGGGAUGUUCUCUUGAUUAGUUUGUGAAUUGCACGAUUUUCCUGUCCUGCUAAGCAUUUAACAUGUAAGGAGUACAUUUGGGUGUCGGAAAAUUAUUUUAAAAAGUAAAAAAUACAUAAUUUUCUUUUUGAAAAGGUAAAGUAAAGUACAGAUUUUUUUUACUUAAAUGCUUUACACCACUGGUCUGAGAUUGAUAUAGUAUGGCGAGGUUAAUGAUCUAUUAUCAUCAAGUACUUGAAUGAGGUAAAAAAGUAUGUGACUAAGAUUUUGACAGACUGCUCAGUGUAAGUGAAAAAUGUUUGGCUAAAGUAGACACAUUUUAAUCGCAAAUUAAUCUCUGUGCUACUUUAUGUGCAUGUAGUUACCAAAAGUUUGGACCUUGUUUUUUUUGUUUAUAGUUGCCAAAGAUGAAAGUUUUGGGGGCACAUAUGAGGGUGUUGAUCCAAUGGGUUUGUUGGUGAGCAUGAGACCAAUACCUGGCAGUAGAACUGGACUCAGAUUCAGGAUCAAAGAAGUCCACACUCCCAUGGUGGUGCACAUCUCUGUGUACAGGGGACACAUGAGUCAGGGGUUCAGGGAGCAGGUGGCCCUGGCGAGUGUCGUCACAGAGCGCUGGUACAUGUCCCCCGGAGUCCGCAGGGUCGACAUCACAGAGGGAGGGGUCACAGGUACCCUGUUCCUGCCACCAGGUCCCGGACCCUUCCCUGGAGUUUUAGACAUGUGGGGAGGUGGUGGCGGCCUGGUGGAAUAUCGAGCUGCUCUCUUAGCAUCCCACGGUUUUGCUGCCAUGGCGUUAAUGUACCUCUUCCCAGAUGCACAGAAAGCUGCUACCAUUGGCUUCCAUUACAUUGAGAAUGCUUUCAGACUGCUGCAGGAUCACCCUCUAGUGGCCUCUGACAAAAUUGCCCUGCUUGGCACGUCCUUUGGUGCCUCAGUCGCUUUAUCCCUCGCUGUCUCAGAAACUGUAAAACCAAUAUGUUGUGUGUGCAUCAGUGGCAGCCAUGUUCUUACACUCAAAGCCAACCAGUCCAUUGCGGAAUCCUUCAAAGUGAUGAAAGAACACGUCCAUAAGUCUCGCAUGGAUGAGAACAAUUGCAUAAUCUGGAGGGACACUCUUCUACCCAUUCCAGAGGAUUCUGACCUGAAAGUAGAUGUAAAAGACUCACCAUUUCAGAAACUUGGGUCUCGGCCGGCUUGUUUUGAAUUAUAUUUUCCUCAUUCACAAAAUGGUGGUCUUGAUAUAAAUCAAUAUUUUUUGUUCUUUUCCCAGGUGGGAAGGAUAACAUGUCCAUUACUACUGGUGGUCGGACAAGAUGAUACGAAUUGGGCCGCUGUUGAAUCAGCUGAUGAUAUGACGCAGAUGAUGGAGAGAGCAGGGAACAGUCACCUGCUGACCACUCUGUCCUACCCUGGAGCUGGUCACCUGAUUGAACCUCCCUAUGGUCCCCACUGCAGGGCUUGUACCUUUGUGUUGCAGCCAGGACAACAGAGAGUGGUCGUGCUGUGGGGAGGCCUCGCCAAACCUCACGCCGUCGCACAGGAAGACUCAUGGAAGAAGAUUCUAGAUUUUUUGCAAGAGCAUCUCUGUCACAGUGUCAAACCCCAUGUGUAUUCCAGACUGUGAGCAUUGUCUUACGUCAGGUUGCGUCACUCCUACACGUGUGAGAGAAGAUUCUAGGUUUUCACCAAGAGCAUCUCUUCCAGAGCAUUGAUCCACAGUCUGAUUUUGAGGUCAUCACAAUCAAACAAAAAUAUGCUGAAUUGAUACUAAGAUGACAACAGCCCAGAUGCAGUGGGAGUGUACUACAGCAUCAACCGUCACAUUGGUGCAAGAUGAGUUCAAGAUUUCGCUGAAAGUCUGAGUUAUACCCACACAUUUCAACUUAGUUUUCAGUCCUUUGUGCCGAAGCAAUGUCACUGAAUUCUGAAGAGGACUUUGUGUAUUAUUUCUGUAGUUUCAAAGAAUCAAUGAUUUUCUUCCUGUUUUCAAAGAUGUCUAUCCACUCUCUGGUAUUUAAUAGUAAAACUACGGUACUGUAGAACUUCAAGGCCACCACAGGUGAAACAGCAUGGUAGGUAUAAUCGUAAUAUUGUCAUACAAUAAAUGCAAACUGAAUGUA